AUGGCACUUAAUAAAAAAGUGGUAGUAUCGGGGAUUUCCCUGAUACUUGUGGUUGGUGCGGUCAUCGGAGCGGUGGUGGCCGUAGUCCACUACCAAAAGAAGCCGGGAAGCGAGUCUCUAACAGCGCAGCAGAAGAUGGUGACCCAAAUCUGUAAUUUCACCGACUACCAACAGGAAUGCCAGAAGAGCCUCGGCCCCGUCUCACAAAAUAACAACGCCGAGUUUAAGGACUACGUAAAGGCCGCAUUGAUGUCCAUCUCUGAGGAGGCCAACAAGGCCUUGAACACGUCCGGUUCACUUCUCGUCGACGCCAAAAAUGGCACCUCCGCCAAGAGGACGCUCGAGGAGUGCAAGAACAUGUUGAAGGAAGCUGUUGCCGAGGUGCAGGCGGUGUCCUCGUACGUGGGCGAUGCUGACAUGCACACCAUGGAGGACCGCGUGAUGGAGCUCAAGGCCUGGAUUGGAAGCGUCAUCAGUUAUUCCACCACCUGCCUUGAUAUAAUUGGCGAAAACGACCACAACCUCUACGAGGCAUUGAAGGACCCCAUCGGCAACGCCUCUGCCAGCACAGACAAUGCAUUGGCCAUCGUUGGUGAGAUCAGCAAUGUCCUCGGCAUGUUCGGUGUCAAAGUUAAGGACAAGGCCUUGAAUGGCGGAGGAACUCAACGCCGGCUUUUGCAAAACGAGCUCAGCAGCGACGGGAUCCCGACCUGGUUCUCGGCUUCCGACCGCAAGCUCAUGGGGUUGCAAGACAACGGGAGGUUGAGGCCUCACAUCGUUGUUGCCAAGGACGGGUCUGGCCAGUACAAGAGCAUCAACGACGCGCUUAAGGCGUACCCGUACGGACAGAGAGGGCGAUACAUUAUUUACGUCAAGGCCGGAGUUUACAAUGAGUAUGUUUACGUGGACAAGAAAAUGAUCAACGUCUACAUGUACGGAGAUGGACCCAGAUCCACCGUCGUGACUGGAAGCAAGAGCGAAGCUGGAACCGGUGACAAAAUCUCCACCAGUGGUACAUUCCAAGUGUUUGGACCGGGUUUCAUUGGAAGGUCCAUGGGAAUCAUUAACACCGCCGGUCCAGAGGCAAGGCCAGCCGUUGCUCUCCGUACGGUCGGGGACCAAAUCGCCUUCUUCAACUGCAGGAUCAGCGGAUACCAAGACACCUUGUACAUGCAGUCCGGCCGACAGUUCUUCCGAAACUGUGUUAUCUCCGGACACGUGGACUACAUCUUCGGUGACGCCCGCGCAUACAUUCAGAACUCGUUGAUCAUCGUGAGGAAGUCAACCAACCCGCAGCAGAAUCAAGCCUUCAUCACCGCUCCCGGAAGGCAGUUCAAGCACGAGAUCGGCGCCAUCAUCAUCCACAACUGCAGGAUCGUCCCCGAGCAGAAGCUCGUCCCCACGAGGUUCGAGGUGAGGACAUACUUGGGAAGGCCGUGGAAGCCCUACUCCAGGGCUGUCUUCAUGGAGAGCACUUUGGCAGACUUCAUCAGGCCGGAGGGAUACUCCGCUUGGGACGGCAAGGCCGGGAACACCCAACACGCCUUCUUCGGAGAGUUUAAGAACCGCGGCCCCGGUGCCAACCUUGCAAAGAGGGCCAGGUGGAGUGGUGACGGCUUCUACGGAGAGAUGAACAGGGCCACCGCCGUGCAGUUCACAGCUCAACCCGCCCUGUUGGCUGAUCGCUGGUUGAAAUUUGCUAACAUUCCGUACCUCCCCGGCUUCAUUAGUGCUGAUGCCUAA